AUGUUUAGUUUAUCUCUCUUUUUACUCUCUUUAACUACAAUUCUCUGUAUCAAGGGAUUCGAAAUAGACCCACAUGAUGUUUCUUCCGUUGAUGAAGCUACGGGUUUAGUGGCGGAUGGAAUGCUAGAUUACUAUGCAGGAUACGAGAAAGGUGGUACAACCGGGAUGUUUUUACCUCCUGCGUAUUGGUGGGAAGCGGGAGCUGCUUGGAAUGGUCUUCUGAAUACAUACUUAGCCACCGGAAACUCCACCUACAAUAAUCUCGUAAAGACAAGCUUGUCAUAUCAAGCGGGUGAAAAUUCUGAUUAUAUGCCUUCUAAUUACUCAACCUCAGAAGGCAAUGACGACCAGGCUUUUUGGGGUCUUGCUGCAAUUUCAGCUGCAGAAUCGAACUUUAGUAACCCAAAAGCUAAUGAGCCACAAUGGUUGGAACUGGCUCAAUCAGUAUUUAACCAGCAGGUUACUCGCUGGGACGAUAGUCACUGUAAUGGAGGAAUCAGAUGGCAAAUAACCCAAUUCAAUUCUGGCUAUGAUUAUAAAAAUUCUGUGACAAAUGGUGCCUUUUUUCAACUUGCAGCGAGAUUGGCACGUUUCACCGGAAACGACACUUAUACUCAGUGGGCUGAAAAGGCGUACAACUGGAGUGCCAAUGUAGGAUUUAUCCAGGACGAUUUUUCUGUAUAUGACGGGACUUCAAUUAAAGAUAAUUGCUCGGCUCUUGAACUGACAGAAUGGACUUACAAUAGUGGCUUGUAUAUGGCUGGAACGGCGUUCCUGUAUAAUUAUACAGGGUCUUCGAUAUGGAGAACCAGGACAGAAGGAUUUGUGAACAAGUCAAUUGAUUCCUUCUUUCGUAACGAUGUGUUGUACGAACCAGAUUGUGAGCUUAGUCGCACUUGUAAUUAUGAUCAAGCAUCAUUCAAAGGAUUUUUGGCACGAUUCAUGGUGUAUACUGCGCACAUGGCCCCGUUCACACUUCCUAAGAUUGAGACUUAUUUAAGUAAAACCGCCAUUGCUGCAGCAGAAGCUUGCUGCGGAGGAAACGAUGGUGUCACUUGUGGUUUCCAAUGGUGGUGGAUGAAUAAUACAUGGGAUGGGCUUUAUGGUUUGGGAGAGCAAUUGUCUGCGUUGGAGGCAAUACAGGGCCCAUUAUUACUUCAAAACAUUAAGAUUUUUAAUAGUACUGAUGGCGGAUCUUCAACAGGGGAUCCUAUGGCUGGCUUGUAUACGCUAACGGCAUCAUAUGCUGUGACAGAGUUGACAAUUCAAAAGCAACAUUAUAUCCUGUUGGCUAUUAGCCUUGGGCUUUUUUUGCUCGUACUAUUUUAG